CCGGCCGGGCAGCUCCGGAGCGGCGGGGGAGAGGGGCCGGGAGGCGGGGGCUGUGCCGCCCGCUCUCCUCUCCCUCGGCGCCGCCGCCGCCGCCGCCGCCGCCGCCGCCCGCGGGGCUGGGACCCGAUGCGGUUAGAGCCGCGGAGCCUCGAGGAGCCCCAAGCAUUUCUGCUUUGGGACAACCACGCAUCUAAUUCCUUAAAGUACUUUUAUAUGUAAAACUUGUAAAGGAUCAGAACAAUGCCUCCAAGACCAUCAUCAGGUGAACUGUGGGGCAUCCACUUGAUGCCCCCAAGAAUCCUAGUAGAAUGUUUACUACCAAAUGGGAUGAUAGUGACUUUAGAAUGCCUCCGUGAGGCUACAUUAAUAACUAUAAAGCAUGAACUAUUUAAAGAAGCGAGAAAAUACCCUCUCCAUCAACUUCUUCAAGAUGAAUCUUCUUACAUUUUCGUAAGUGUUACCCAAGAAGCAGAAAGGGAAGAAUUUUUUGAUGAAACGAGACGACUUUGUGACCUUCGGCUUUUUCAACCCUUUUUAAAAGUAAUUGAACCAGUAGGCAACCGUGAAGAAAAGAUCCUCAAUCGAGAAAUUGGUUUUGCUAUUGGCAUGCCAGUGUGUGAAUUUGAUAUGGUUAAAGAUCCAGAAGUACAGGACUUCCGAAGAAAUAUUCUCAAUGUUUGUAAAGAAGCUGUGGAUCUUAGGGAUCUCAAUUCACCGCAUAGUAGAGCAAUGUAUGUCUAUCCUCCAAAUGUAGAAUCUUCACCAGAACUGCCAAAGCACAUAUAUAAUAAAUUGGAUAAAGGGCAAAUAAUAGUGGUGAUUUGGGUAAUAGUUUCUCCAAAUAAUGACAAGCAGAAGUAUACUCUGAAAAUCAACCAUGACUGUGUGCCAGAACAAGUAAUUGCUGAAGCAAUCAGGAAAAAAACGCGAAGUAUGUUGCUAUCAUCUGAACAACUAAAACUCUGUGUUUUAGAAUAUCAGGGCAAGUAUAUUUUAAAAGUGUGUGGAUGUGACGAAUACUUCCUAGAAAAAUAUCCUCUGAGUCAGUAUAAGUAUAUAAGAAGCUGUAUAAUGCUUGGGAGGAUGCCCAAUUUGAUGCUGAUGGCUAAAGAAAGCCUCUACUCUCAACUGCCAAUGGACUGUUUUACAAUGCCAUCUUAUUCCAGACGCAUCUCCACAGCUACACCAUAUAUGAAUGGAGAAACAUCUACAAAAUCCCUUUGGGUUAUAAAUAGUGCACUUAGAAUAAAAAUUCUUUGUGCAACCUAUGUGAAUGUAAAUAUUCGAGACAUUGACAAGAUCUAUGUUCGAACAGGUAUCUACCAUGGAGGAGAACCCUUAUGUGAUAAUGUGAACACUCAAAGAGUACCUUGUUCCAAUCCCAGGUGGAAUGAAUGGCUGAAUUACGAUAUAUACAUUCCUGAUCUUCCUCGUGCUGCUCGACUUUGCCUUUCUAUUUGUUCUGUUAAAGGCCGAAAGGGUGCUAAAGAGGAACACUGUCCAUUGGCCUGGGGAAAUAUAAACUUGUUUGAUUACACAGAUACUCUAGUAUCUGGAAAAAUGGCUUUGAAUCUUUGGCCAGUACCUCAUGGACUAGAAGAUUUGCUGAACCCUAUUGGUGUUACUGGAUCAAAUCCAAAUAAAGAAACUCCAUGUUUAGAGUUGGAGUUUGACUGGUUCAGCAGUGUGGUGAAGUUUCCAGAUAUGUCAGUGAUUGAAGAGCAUGCCAAUUGGUCUGUAUCCCGAGAAGCAGGAUUUAGUUAUUCCCAUGCAGGACUGAGUAACAGACUAGCUAGAGACAAUGAAUUAAGAGAAAAUGAUAAAGAACAGCUCCGAGCAAUUUGUACACGAGAUCCUCUAUCUGAAAUCACUGAGCAAGAGAAAGAUUUUCUGUGGAGCCACAGACACUAUUGUGUAACUAUCCCUGAAAUUCUACCCAAAUUGCUUCUGUCUGUUAAAUGGAAUUCUAGAGAUGAAGUAGCUCAGAUGUACUGCUUGGUAAAAGAUUGGCCUCCAAUCAAACCUGAACAGGCUAUGGAGCUUCUGGACUGCAAUUACCCAGAUCCUAUGGUUCGAGGUUUUGCUGUUCGAUGCUUAGAAAAAUAUUUAACAGAUGACAAACUUUCUCAGUACCUAAUUCAGCUAGUACAGGUCCUAAAAUAUGAACAGUAUUUGGAUAACCUACUUGUGAGGUUUUUACUCAAAAAAGCAUUGACUAAUCAAAGGAUUGGGCACUUUUUCUUUUGGCAUUUAAAAUCUGAGAUGCACAAUAAAACAGUUAGUCAGAGGUUUGGCCUGCUUUUGGAGUCCUAUUGCCGUGCAUGUGGGAUGUAUUUGAAGCACCUGAAUAGGCAGGUUGAGGCUAUGGAAAAGCUCAUUAACUUAACUGACAUUCUCAAACAAGAGAAGAAGGAUGAAACACAAAAGGUACAGAUGAAAUUUUUAGUUGAGCAAAUGCGGCGACCAGAUUUCAUGGAUGCUCUACAGGGCUUUCUAUCGCCUCUAAACCCUGCUCAUCAGCUGGGAAAUCUCAGGCUUGAAGAGUGUCGAAUUAUGUCCUCUGCAAAAAGGCCACUGUGGUUGAAUUGGGAGAACCCAGACAUCAUGUCAGAAUUACUCUUUCAGAACAAUGAGAUCAUCUUUAAAAAUGGGGAUGAUUUACGGCAAGAUAUGCUAACACUUCAAAUUAUUCGCAUUAUGGAAAAUAUCUGGCAAAAUCAAGGUCUUGAUCUUCGAAUGUUACCUUAUGGUUGUCUGUCCAUUGGUGACUGUGUGGGACUUAUUGAGGUGGUGAGAAAUUCUCACACUAUUAUGCAAAUUCAGUGUAAAGGAGGCCUGAAAGGUGCCCUGCAGUUCAACAGCCACACACUACAUCAGUGGCUCAAAGACAAGAACAAGGGAGAAAUAUAUGAUGCAGCCAUCGAUCUAUUUACACGUUCAUGUGCUGGAUAUUGUGUUGCUACCUUCAUUUUGGGAAUUGGAGAUCGUCACAAUAGUAACAUCAUGGUUAAAGAUGAUGGACAACUGUUUCAUAUAGAUUUUGGACACUUUUUGGAUCACAAGAAGAAAAAAUUUGGUUAUAAACGAGAGCGUGUGCCAUUUGUUUUGACACAAGAUUUCUUAAUAGUGAUUAGUAAAGGAGCCCAAGAAUGCACAAAGACAAGAGAAUUUGAGAGGUUUCAGGAGAUGUGUUACAAGGCUUAUCUAGCUAUUCGGCAGCAUGCCAAUCUCUUCAUAAAUCUUUUCUCAAUGAUGCUUGGCUCUGGAAUGCCAGAACUACAAUCUUUUGAUGAUAUUGCAUACAUUCGAAAGACCCUAGCUUUAGAUAAAACUGAGCAGGAGGCUUUGGAAUAUUUCAUGAAACAAAUGAAUGAUGCACAUCAUGGUGGCUGGACAACAAAAAUGGAUUGGAUCUUCCACACAAUUAAGCAGCAUGCUUUGAACUGAAAUGAUUAAGAAACUGAAAGCUCAGUAUCUGGAUUCUAUACUGCACUGUUAAUAACUGUCAACAGGCAAAGACUGAUUGCAUAGGAAUUGCACAAUCCAUGAACAGCAUUAGAAUUUACAACAGGAACAGAAAUAAAAUACUAUAUAAUUUAAAUAAUGUAAACGCAAACAGGGUUCGAUAGCACUAAACUAGUUCAUUUCAAAAUUAAGCUUUAGA